AUGAGCGAAGCAUUCAAGGCCUCAACCAGGCUAUCACUGCUCGGAGGCCACGUCGGCGACAAGGUGGCCCCGGACACACUCCGACGACCCAACGUACAGGCCUCAAGGAGUGCUGGAGAUCCUCUCAUAUUGCCUCCAGGUAUCAACUCACAGUCAUUCAAGGAUUUCAUUGGAAAGGCUAUCGACAUCGUUGGCGAAGACAACGUCACCGUGAUCAAUGAUGCGCAACAACUGGGCAAGCAGAGCUACCUUGAUCCCAGCAAGGUGCACGACAUGUUCUACAUCGCCGACGAGGACUAUUUCGUCAGCUCAGCCGUUGUCUGUCCUCGAAACGUCCAGGAUGUCCAAACCAUCUUACGGCUUUCCAACGAAUUCGAGGUACCCUUGUGGCCCUUCUCGGUUGGGCGGAAUGUCGGCUACGGUGGUGCUGCGCCUCGGGUGCCUGGCAGCGUCGGGCUGGACAUGGGCAAGAACAUGAACAAGAUCCUCGAGGUCAACGUCGACGGUGCCUAUGCUCUGGUCGAACCUGGAGUCACCUUCGCCGGCUUGCAUGACUAUCUGGUCCAGAACAAUCUCCGGGACAAGCUGUGGGUCGACGUCCCCGACCUGGGAGGCGGAUCAGUCCUGGGAAAUACGAUUGAAAGGGGUGUUGGAUAUACGCCCUAUGGUGAUCACUGGAUGAUGCACUGUGGUCUGGAAGUCGUCCUCCCAGACGGCACUCUGCUUCGAACCGGCAUGGGUGCCUUGCCGGAUCCGUCAGCGGACCCCAGCUUACCCGCUGACCAACAACCGGCGAACAAAUGUUGGCAGCAUUUCAACUAUGGGUUUGGUCCUUACAACGAUGGAAUCUUCACUCAGUCAUCGCUAGGCAUCGUGGUCAAGAUGGGCAUCUGGCUGAUGCCCAAUCCCGGCGGGUAUCAAUCAUACCUUAUCACCAUCCCACGCGACGAGGACCUCCAUCAAGCGGUCGAAAUCAUCCGACCACUAAGGGCCGCCAUGGUGCUACAGAAUGUUCCUACUAUUCGGCAUAUCCUACUUGACGCGGCAGUCGUGGGAGACAAAAAAGCGUACAGCAACUCCGACAAGCCACUGACCGACGUCGAACUGGACGCCAUUGCCAAGAAGCUCAAUCUGGGCCGGUGGAACUUCUAUGGCGCUCUAUACGGACCGCCGCCCGUCCGGGAUGCGUUGUGGCAGGUGGUCAAGGCCUCGUUUUCCGCCAUCCCCGGAGCCAAAUUCUACUUCCCGGAAGACAUCCCGGAAAGCAAGGUGCUCCAGAUCCGGCACGACACCAUGCAGGGCAUCCCAAGCAUGGACGAGCUCAAAUGGGUAGACUGGCUCCCGAACGGGGCGCACCUGUUCUUCAGCCCGAUCGCCAAAGUCACGGGCGACGACGCCAUGGCCCAGUAUAAGGUCACGCGGCAGCGAUGCGAGGAGUAUGGGUUCGACUUCAUUGGCGACUUUGUGGUGGGUAUGCGUGAGAUUCACCACAUCGUCUGUAUCGUCUUCGACCGGAAAGACCCAAAGCAGCGCCGUAACGCCCACGAAAUGAUACGCACGCUCAUUGACGACGCCGCGAAGCGCGGCUGGGGCGAGUACCGCACCCAUCUGGCGCUGAUGGACCAGAUCGCCGACACGUACAACUUCAACAAUAACGCACAGAUGAAGUUGAACGAGACCAUCAAGAAUGCCCUAGAUCCCAAGGGCGUUUUGGCUCCGGGCAAAAAUGGCAUUUGGCCCAAGACUUACGAUGGCAAGGCUUGGAAGGUGCCUUUGUAA